GGGCGCUAUGGGGCUCUAUGGGGCGGCGGGUUGACCUGGGCGCUGCGGGCGCGUCCAGGGGCCCAGGCGUCCGGGAUCCCCCCCCGCACCCCCAGGAGGGGGCCCAGGCGUCCGGGACCCCCCUUCCCCUUCCCCCCCCCCCCCAACAGGGGGCCCAGGCGUCCGGGCAGAGCGCUCGCAUGGCGGAGCGGGCCGAGCUGCGGCGGGGGGUGCUGGCGGUGCUGCGCGCCCACCCCGGGGGCAUCGCCCUGGGCCACGUGGCCGGCGCCUUCCUGCGGCAGCACGGGCGGCCCCUGCGCCCCCGCGCCGGCGGCUUCCCCUCGCUGCGCGCCCUCCUCGCCCACCUGGGCGCCCGCGUGGAGCCCGCCGGGCCGCCCCCCCACGGGCCCCUCGUCCGCCCGCCCCCCCCCGGGCCCCGCGCGGCAGACGCGGCCCCCGCGGGGCCCCUCGUGUGGGUGGAGGGCGACGGGCUGGACACGCUGGACCUGCUGGUGCCCAGCGGCCGCCCCGGCUCCCCCGAGCGCGACGACGGCGACGACAGCGACGACGAUGACGACGCAGAGCUGGCGGCGGUGCUGAGCGCGCUGCGGGCGCUGCUGAGCGCCGACGGCUUCCGGGCGGGGCUGCGGCUGCGCAAGCUGCGGGCGCUGCUGGAGCGGAGGCACCGCCUCGACCUGGAGGCCUUCGCCCGCCGCCGCGGCCACGGCGACGCCGCCGCCUUCCUGCGCCGCCACCUGCCCGCCCUGCGCUGGCACCGGCCCGGCCCCGGCCGCGACCCCGUCCUCCGCCUCGGCCCCGAACCUACCCGAGGGGCCCAGGCGUCCGGGAAGGCACCGGGAGGAUGCGGCUCCGGUCGGCUGGUGGAGCGGGCCCAGGCGUCCGGGAAGGCACCAGGAGGCUGCGGCUCCAUUCGGCCGGUGGAGGGGGACCAGGCGUCCGGGACGGCACUGGGAGGCUGUGGCUCCGGUCGGCCGGCGGAGGGGGCCCAGGCGUCCGGGGAGCGGGCCCAGGCGUCCGGGGAGCAGGCAGCCCCCAAGCGCUGCGGCCCUUUGCCCAACGGGCCCCUGGCGUCCGGGCCGCCGACACCAACGGCCGCGUGCUCCGAGAAGGGGGCCCAGGCGUCCGGGCCUUUCCCGCACCACGGCUGCUUCGGCCCAGCGGGAGCCCUGAGGGCCCAGGAGUCCGGGACCCGCCCCGGCGCCGCCUCUGCAGCCCCCUGGGCCCAGACGAGGGCCCAGGCGUCCGGGACGCAGUCCGGUACCGCCUUAAUGGUGCCGUGGGCCGAGCCGAGGGCCCAGGCGUCCGGGACCGACCUCAGCAGCACCUCAACGGUACCGUGGGCCCAGGCGUCCGGGACCAGCCUCAACACCACCCCCGUGGCCCCCUGGGCCCAGACGAGGGCCCAGGCGUCCGGGCCGCAGUCCAGCACCUCCUUAAUGGUACCGUGGGCCGAGCCGAGGGCCCAGGCGUCCGGGACCAACCCCAAGAGCACCUCAACAGCGCCAUGGGCCCAGACGAGGGCCCAGGCGUCCGGGACCAGCCCUGGCAGCACCUCAACAGCACCAUGGGCCGAACCGAGGGCCCAGGCGUCCGGGACCAGCCCUGGCAGCACCUCAACAGCACCAUGGACCGAACCGAGGGCCCAGGCGUCCGGGACCAACCCCAAGAGCACCUCAACAGCACCAUGGGCCGAACCGAGGGCCCAGGCGUCCGGGACCAGCCCCAGCACUGUGGCAGCGCCGAGGGCCCAGGCGUCCGGGACCAGCCCCAGCACCGCCUCAACGGCACCGUGGGCCAAGCCGAGGGCCCAGGCGUCCGGGUCGCAGCCCGGCAGCGCAGAGGCGAGGGCCCAGGCGUCCGGGACCAGCCCCAACACCGCCUCAACGGCACCGUGGGCUGAGACAAGGGCCCAGGCGUCCGGGCCGGGUGCCAGCGGCGCGGUGACAGCGAGGGCCCAGGCGUCCGGGUGGCACGGCGGCAGCGCAGAGGCGCGGGCCCCGGCGUCCGGGCGGGCGGGGGCGGAGGGGGAGCUGGGGGCGCUGGGGCGGGAGCUGGGGGUGCUGCUGGCGGGGCGCCCGGGGGGGCUGUCGCUCUUCGAGCUGCGUCUCGCCUACAGCGCCGCCUUCCAGCGCCCGCUGCCCCUGGGCCCCGCCGCCUCCGCCAAGCAGCGCCUGCGCCAGCUGCCCGGGGCCGUGCGCCUGCGCGGCUGCGGCGUCCAGACCCGCGUCCUCCCCGCCGACGCCCCCCUCGCCCCCCUCGCCCCCGUCGCCGUCCCCGCCGCGCCCCGCCGCCAGCACGGGGACGACGACACCGGCAUCGCCCCGGGGCCCGCGGCACCUGCUCUGGCCCCGCCGCCGUCCCGGGCCGCCUCCCCGUCGCUCUCCCCGUCCCCGGUCGUGUUCUGCACCGCGUCCUCGUCCCCAGCUGCGUCCUGUGCCGCAUCCCCGUCCCUAUCCGCGUCCCCAUCCCUGUCCCUAUCCACGUCCCCAUCCCGCACAUCCCUGUCCCUAUCUGCGUCCCCAUCCCGCACAUCCCUGUCCCCAUCUGUGUCCCCAUCCGUGUCCCCAUUCCGCACCGCAUCCCUGUCCCCAUCCCAGACUGCAUCCAUGUCCCCAUCCAAGUCCCCAUUCCCAUCCCUGUCCUGUGCCGUCUCCCUGUCCCCAUCCCAUCCCAUGUCCCCAUCCCCGUCCCUGUCCGCCACAUCCCCAACCCCGUCUUAUGCCAUGUCCCUGUCCCCAUCCCAUACUGCAUCUGUGUCCCCAUCCCAUCCCAUGUCCCCGUCCCUGUCCGCCACAUCCCCAACCCCGUCUUAUGCCACGUCCCUGUCCCCAACCCAGACUGCAUCCGUGUCCCCAUCCCUGUCCCCAUCCCCAUCCUAUGCCAUGUCCCUGUCCCCAUCCCGUACUGCAUCCGUGUCCCCAUCCCUGUCCCCAUCCCCAUCCUACGCCAUGUCCCCAUCCCCGUCCCUGUCCCGCACCCCGUUCCUGGCCCGUGCCACAUCCCUGUCCUACGCCGUGCCCCUGUCCCCACCCCAGUCCCGGGCCGUGUCCCUGUCCCCAUCCCUGUCCUCGUCCCAUGCCAGGUCUCUGUCCCCAUCCCUGUCCUCGUCCCAUGCCAGGUCUCUGUCCCCAUCCUGUGCCCCGCCCCCCCACGCGCCCCCCGGGGGGGCCCGGUCGCCCCAGCUGGCUGCCCCCCACCCCCGGCCGCUGGGCCCCAAGCCGCGGCGGGCCCCGGCGUCCGACCGCUGCGCCCUGCUCUAGGGGGGCGGCCGGAGGGCCCAGGCGUCCGGGGGGGGGGCGGGGGGCCGCGCUCCCGCCCGGUGCUGCUGCUCCGGACCCCCCGGGCGAUUCGGACCCAGCCGGACCCAAACCAGGACGAGCCGGCUUCCCCCGGGCGGCCCGGACGCGAUCCGGGCGAUUCCCGCCUGAUCCUGGCGCUCCGGACCCGGCGCAGGGUGAUUCCCGCCUGAUCUGGACCUGAUGUGGGGCGAUUCCUGCCUGAUCUGGACCUGAGCUGGGGCGAUUCCUGCCUGAUCCCGGCACUCUGGGGCGAUUCCCACCUGAUCCCAGCGCUCCGGACUGGACACAGGGUGAUUCCCACCUGAUCUGGACCUGAUGUGGGGCGAUUCCUACCUGAUCCCGGUGCUCCAAGACGAUUCCUGCCUGAUCCUGGCACUCUGGGCCUGACACAGGGCGAUUCCUGCCUGAUCUGGACCUGACAUGGGGUGAUUCCCGCCUGAUCCUGGUGCUCCAGGGCGAUUCCCACCCGAUCCGGGCACUCCAGGGCGAUUCCUGCCUGAUCUGGACCUGACAUGGGGCGAUUCCCACCUGAUCCUGGUGCUCCAGGGUGAUUCCCACCCGAUCUGGGUGCUCCAGGGUGAUUCCUGCCUGAUCUGGACCUGACGUGGGGCGAUUCCUGCCUGAUCUGGGUGCUCUGGGGCGAUUCCUGCCUGAUCUGGACCUAAUGUGGGGUGAUUCCCACCCGAUCCGGGUGCUCCAGGGUGAUUCCUGCGUGAUCUGGACCUAAUGUGGGGUGAUUCCCACCCGAUCCGGGCGCUCCGGGGUGAUUCCUGCCUGAUCUGGACCUAAUGUGGGGUGAUUCCCACCCGAUCCGGGUGCUCCAGGGUGAUUCCUGCCUGAUCUGGACCUGACGUGGGGCGAUUCCCGCCCGAUCCGGGCGCUCCAGGGUGAUUCCUGCCUGAUCUGGACCUGACGUGGGGCGAUUCCCGCCCGAUCCGGGCGCUCCAGGGCGAUUCCCGCCCGAUCCGGGCGCUCCGGGGCCGGCGAUCCCGACCCGUCGGCAAUAAAGCUGCGCGGGGGCCGCGGCCCCCCCGGCCCCCCCUAAUCCCCUGGGCA